AUGGUCGACGAUGUAGUCUUUGCCAGAAAUCUUUUGCUUGGCAUUCAAGAGGGCUUUGAGUGCUUUGAGCGCUCUGCCAAUGGGCACAGGCCUCAGUUCUUUAUUUCUGUCCUGCAGUCAACACGGCUUUAUGAUGCUGAAACGAAUGUCCACCAUGGCACCUUCAAUCAUAGAGCGCCAGUCAUGGAUUGCACGUUCCAAGAGGAUUAUGUGGCCUUCAUAGGAGGUCUUGAUGGCCAAGUCAAGAGGCAGGAUUUCUACAGGAGGGCGGACGUGCUUCUUGGGACACAUCACAAACCAGUAAAAUGUGUGGAGUACUUGAAGGAACAUGGCCUGGUUGCAUCUGCUGGAUGGGACAAGAUGUUGCACCUUUGGGAUCCACGGCUUCCACAGUUUCAAAACUGUGUGACAUCGAUCAGCCUUCCAGGCAAGGCUUACACAAUGUCACAGACACACACGAAGUUGGUGGUGGGAACUUCAGAAAGGAAGGUUCGCAUCUACGACAUUCGCAGUGUUCAUUCUGGCAGAGCGGAACAGCACAGGGAGUCAUCUUUGCGACAUCAGACAAGGUGCAUACGUUGCUUCCCAGAUGGAACAGGUUAUGGACUUAGUUCGAUCGAGGGGCGAGUGGCGAUGGAGUAUUUUGACCUUGGAAAAGAAGCGCAAGAAAAGCAAUAUGCAUUCAAGUGCCAUCGUAAGAAAGAUGGUGUCAAGGAGAUCGUGUACCCAGUUAAUGCCUUGGCUUUCCAUCCCUCACAUGGCACUUUUGCCACUGGUGGCUGUGACGGCAUUGUCAGCGUUUGGGAUGGCGAAAACAAGAAGCGACUGUCUCAAAUUUCAGGAUACCCCACAAGUAUUGCUGUUAUGGACUUUAGCCGAGAUGGUCACCUCCUUGCUGUCGCCGCAAGUUAUACAUUCGAAAUGGGGGACAUGAGCCAUCCUGAAGAUGGGGUAUAUGUGAGGAGAAUGCAAGACACAGAAGUGAAACCGAAACCAAGAAAGCAGUUGUGA